ACCACGUGCAUUUCCCCACUCUUCCCGCCCCCAUUAAAGCCCCCACUCACUACACUCACUACUGCAUAUAUCAAACUUUAAACAACUCUCUCUCUCAUCUCUCUCUCUCUCUCUCUCUCUCUCUCUCUCUCUCUCUACUUUGCUUUGCUUUGUGAAACAAUUUUCAAUCAUUUAUUGUUCUGUGCCCUCAACCCCAAUCAUUUCCGCUCCUUCAAGCAAGAAUCGCACUUUCUAUUCAUCACUUUUACCAACCGCUCUGCCUCUAUAGGGAUGAAUUUUGAGGGCUUUUCAGUUUCUUAUUUUUGACUAAAGAAACUAGAAGAAGAAGAAGAAAUGGGCAUCAUCAUUAUCAUCAAAUUACUUUUUUCAGCAAUUUUAGUAUUACACAUUACUCUGAUCCUACAAUCAACAGCUGAGCCAAUUGAAGAUAAACAAGCUCUGCUCGAUUUCAUCGCCAACGUAAACCACACUCGGAAUCUGAAUUGGGAUUCGAGACUUUUAGUAUGUAGUAACUGGACUGGAGUGACUUGCAACCAUGAUAAUUCGAGAGUUAUCGCAGUUCGAUUGCCGGCCAUUGGGUUCAGAGGCAGAAUUCCGACAAACACCCUCAGCCGUUUAUCCGAGCUUCAGAUCUUGAGCCUUAGAUCCAACGGUCUUAACGGCCCUUUCCCUUCCGAUCUUUUGAAGCUCGGUAAUUUGAUAGGCCUUCACCUUCAGUUCAACGCUUUUCAGGGUCCGCUGCCUUUGGAUUUUCCGGUUUGGGAGAAUCUUUCCGUGCUAAACUUGUCGAAUAACGGUUUCGAUGGGAGUAUUCCGUUUUCAAUCUCGAAUUUGACUCAUUUAACUGCUUUGGAUCUUUCCAAUAACUCACUCUCUGGUAAUAUUCCUGAAUUCAAUAUCCCUACUCUACAAUUACUAGAUUUGUCGAAUAAUAAUCUCACCGGAUUUGUGCCUCAAUCUCUCUCUAGAUUUCCUAGUUAUGCUUUCUUAGGCAAUAAUAUAUCAUUCCUAAAUUCUUCAUCUCCGAUUCUUUCUCCCACUCCGAAGAAGCACUCCUCGAAAUUCACUAAACCCGCAAUUCUUGGAAUUGUUAUUGGAAGUUCUGUAUUGGCUUUCGUCGCAAUCGCCUUGCUACUAAUUUUCACAAAUAGAAAUCGAAAAGAAGAUAAUUCGAUGAGUCCCACAUCGAAGAACAAGAAGAAAGAAAAGUCCACGAAGAGAAUGGCUUCGGAAGAUAGGAAUGGGAGGAUAACGUUUUUCGAGGGGUGUAAUCUUGUUUUCGACCUCGAAGAUUUGUUGAGAGCUUCUGCAGAGGUUCUCGGCAAGGGCACUUUCGGAACUACGUAUAAAGCAGCAUUAGAAGACGCAACCACGGUUGCAGUGAAGAGAUUGAAAGAUGUUAUAGCUGGCAAAAGAGAGUUCGAGCAACAAAUGGAAAUUGUUGGAAAUAUUCGCCACGAAAAUGUGGCUCCUUUAAGAGCUUAUUACUAUUCCAAAGACGAAAAGCUAAUGGUUUACGAUUAUUACAAUCAAGGAAGCGUUUCUUCGUUGCUCCAUGCAAAAAGAGGCGAGAACACGAAUACGUUGGAUUGGGAAACACGGUUAAGGAUUGCAAUAGGAGCAGCGAAGGGGAUUGAUUUCAUCCACUCACAAAACGGAGGGAAACUCGUCCACGCAAACAUAAAAGCAUCGAAUAUUUUCAUCAACCCUCAAAACUACGGGUGCGUAUCCGAUCUCGGACUAGCAACGCUAACGUGCCCCGUUUCGCCGCCGCUGAUGCGCACCGCAGGCUAUCGCGCGCCGGAGGUGACGGACACUAGAAAAGUGUCGCAAGCGUCUGACGUGUACAGCUUCGGAGUUUUCUUGCUGGAGCUUCUGACAGGCAAGUCGCCUGUCCAGGCGACAGGCGGCGAGGAGGUGAUUCAUUUGGUGAGGUGGGUCCACUCGGUUGUGCGCGAGGAGUGGACCGGUGAAGUUUUCGACGUGGAGCUUCUGAGGUACCCUAAUAUCGAGGAGGAGAUGGUGGCGAUGCUGCAGAUAGGGCUGAGCUGUGUGGCUAGAAUGCCUGAGCAGAGGCCCAAAAUUGGUGACGUGGUGAAAAUGGUUGAGGGUAUUAGAAAUGUUGUUACAGGUAAUACUAAUAAUAGCCCGACAAUAUCGCAUGGUUCAACUCCGAGUGCGGCUGAGAUUGCAUCAUCUUCGGUUUCUUGAUCAGAUUCUCGAUUAUUAUCGAAAAAAGUUCGUUCAAUUUUUUUUUUAUUUUUUUUAAUAUGUAGUUUGUUGUGUUGAAAUUAGAAUUAUUACCAGUUGUUGUUAGGAAGGUACACUUACUGGUUCACCAUGGAUUGUUGUGGGGUUUAUAGUUUUGUUAUAUUGAAUUGAAUUUUAUUUUAUUUGA